AUGCCCCCUCAACAGCUGCUCGAUGACCAGCUCAUGCGGUCUCGUCCCGUGUCCUAUACUUCCCUAUCGCUCAUCCUGGACGCUUAUCUUCCAGCAGCUCUCGUGCUUGCUGUGCUGGUCUCGCACCUCUGGCCCAGAUCGAUUAUCUUCUCGAGUUCGCUUCCGACCCGCAUCUUUACUCCGUUUGUCACACCCGAGGAUGUGCACGAGUACGACCAUGCAGAGGCAGAGGCGUGCCAGCACGACGACCACACGCGGUCCCAGGCGAAUUCAUCAGCCACUCAGCCAGCUACUCUAGCCUCCAAAGGAUACGGAUCGACUGGGGCCGUCACUGCCUCGGAGGCAGCAGCAGGCGACAGUGAGGGUCGCUCGGAAACCUCGCCCCUGCUCGGAGCUCGAGGUCCGUCGCAGGCCGUUAGCACUAGUCUUAAAAAUGCACCGAAGCAGCCAGCCGCAGUGCGACUCGGACUCACCGCUGUCAACAUCGCUCAUCUCUUUGUAUGGAUGGCUGCGAUCAUCAUGUGUUCUCUGAGCAGUGUCGUUGCCGACCGUGUCGCUAUCGAAGCUGGCUUCCAAGGUGCGCGCGCGUUGCAGCUAGCUGCCGCAUAUCAAGUCUUUGGCUGGACCUACGCAACCAUCUCCUCGGCCCUGUUCCCCUCGCCAACUCCCCCCUAUGCACUCCUCACCUUCUACGGCCUCGAGAUUGCUGCCUCCACCUGCAUCGCAUAUCAUUCAAUCAUUGACGUCUCACACCUGCCCUUUUCACCGCCGCAUCGCAGCCAGCUGGCCCCUCCUAUCUUCAGUCUGCUCUCGUUUGGACUCGUUGCCUUUGGGUGUUACCUCAUCGCCAGCUUGCCUCUGCAGGUAUACGACCGCAACCCUCAGCACGACCGUUAUGGCUAUCCCCCACCCCUUGAGGACUACUGCACGCUGUGGCAGUGGAUCAGCUUCUCCUGGGUGAAUCCCAUUAUCAACACGGCCCUCUCUCGACCCCUCGAAGAAACAGACGUGUCCCAGCUCAGCAAGUUAUCCAAAUCAAAGAUCUUGCUCAAGAACAUGCGCUUAGUUCAAGAGAAGGAUGCCCAAGAAUACCAGAAGGCCAAAGCGCAAGCUGAGGCGGCGACUGUAAAUUCUACACCGCAAGCCAGAGCUCGAGCUGCUGCCAAAGCCGAGAAGAAGAAGCCCAACAUUCUCCGUCAGAUCUUCUGGAUGAACUCUCAGGAUCUGGCUCUUGAUUUCGUCCUCGCCUUUCUGUCUUACACCGCGGCCUACGCCAGUCCCUUCUUCAUCAAGCAGAUCCUUCAAGCGCUUCAGAGUGUCAAUACCUCAGAAGUGGCUGCCCGCUCCAUGUCCCACCUUUCCAUCUCUUCGGACCCUGCCUCCUUCACCACAUCACACCAGGGGGGAAUGCAAGGCUACGCGAUGCCGCUGCUCAAUGUCUUCGCACUCAUGGGCCACGACACGAUCCAUCCCGCCAAACGGCGUGCUUUCCUGUAUGCCUUCUUUGCGUUGAUCGUUUCGGUCGCCAAGACGCAAACUGAUCUUCAGCAUCUCUACUACGGCCGUCGUGCCAGUGUUCGCGUUAAAUCCGAGCUCACUCUCGCCAUCUACGACAAAUCCUUGCGACGCAAAGACAUCUCGGGCUCCUUGCAUACCGCCACUUCCACUGCCCAGGCAGCAGACUCGGACCAAACCGACAAAUCCAAGGAUGCCAAAGUCAAGCAAGGUCACGAGGACGACAAGAGUGCCGCAAGCGUCGGUAAACUGGUCAACCUCAUGUCUACGGACGCCAACACUAUCUCGGCCGCCGUCACCAUGCUGUUCAUGGCCUACACUGCUCCACUCGAACUCGUCAUCGCUACGACCUUUCUCUAUAAACUUCUUGGCUGGUCUGCCUUUGUUGGCGUCGGACCCGCCUUGAUUCUGAUGCCGCUCCAGCAGUACUUGACAAAGCUCUCCUUUGCCAUCAACAAAGGAACGCUCAAAGCUAGGGAUAAGCGCAUCACCGUGCUCAACGAACUCGUCAACUCGAUCCGAUUCAUCAAGUUCUUCGCGUGGGAGCGAGGCUGGUCCGAGCGCGUCAUGCGUGCCCGACGUGAAGAGAUGAAAUGGUUCUAUCGCGGCGCUUGGGCCCAGUCCGGCAUUAUGCUCUCCUUCGGCUUGAUGCCCAUCCUGAUCACCAUAACCUCGUUUGCCUCGUACACCAUCAUCGAAGGCAAACAACUCGAUAUCGCCACAGGUUUCACCGCAAUUGCGCUGUUUGGCAUGCUCAGGAAUCCACUCUCCGUGCUCCCCAUGGUCAUCAACAUGGUGCUUCAAGCUAAAGUCUCAAUGGACCGAAUCAACGCUUUCUUGCAAGAGGACGAAGUCCCCGAGUGGGUCAUCAAGAACUGUAGCGAUCAGGCAGAGCUUGUGUUGGACGAAGCCACCAAGGAUCGCACCAUUGUUCUCAAAGGUGCCACUCUCCGAUGGCAUGCUGCAAAGCCAAUUGACGACAACAAGCCAACAGCGAAACCCUCAUUCUUGUCGUCCUUGAAGUUCUGGAGAAAGAAGGACACAACGACACCUCAACCAGCGACAGAAGUAGAUGGAGCGCAAGAAGAGGCGACUCCGUUCCAUCUCACCGCGCUCGACUUCCAGCCUCCCGCAGGGAAGAUGACGCUCGUCUGCGGCCCCACUGGCUCGGGCAAGUCUUCGCUGCUCUCAGCUAUCCUCGGUGAGAUGGAGUUGGUAGAAGGCAAAAUCAUCCUGCCGAAGCGUCCUCUGCAGCUGCUCAGCGGAGGUGUUGCUUACUGCUCUCAGACGGCCUGGCUCGAGACGCUGAGCAUCCGUGACAACAUCGUAUUUGGCCAAUUCUUCGAUCAAGACCGAUACGACAAGGUGCUGGAAUGCUGCUGCCUCAAUCCCGAUCUCAAGACGUUUCGGGACGGUGAUCACACCGAGAUCGGAGAGAACGGCGUCUCCCUGUCAGGCGGUCAGAAAGCGAGAGUGGCGCUGGCGCGUGCCAUCUACUCUCGAUCUCCAGUUCUGCUGCUGGACGAUGUGCUGGCAGCCGUAGACUCGCACACUGCCCGAAAACUGGUUGACGAGUGCCUCUGCGGAGAUCUGGUGCGAGGACGCACCGUCGUGCUGGUCACUCACCACGUGGAAACCGUGCUGCCUCAUGUAGCACACGUGCUGAUGCUGGACGGAGGCCGCAUCCGAGCAAGCGGCUCCCCGGCUGACCUCAAGGCGGAGGGCCUCCUCUCCUCGCUCACCUCGGAGUCAAGCCCAGACAGCAAAGGCAAACAGGCUGCCACCGAUGCGACGGCCAAAGAGGAAGCCAAAGAAGCUGCCGACGAAGCUCAGGACGUGGCGCAGGCCGAUGACGCGAAGGCCACGGACCAAAAGAGCAAGACCGACCCUGUUUCCGCUGCAGCUGGUGCUUCUAAUCGAGGCAAGCUCGUGACAGCAGAGGGUAAGUCGACAGGUAGCGUUAAGCGCGAGAUCUACGUGACGUAUCUGUCGGCUUUUGGCUUGCUGCCCUUUGCCAUGGUCCUGUCAUUCAUCAUGGUGUCACGCUCCGCAGAUGUAGCCGAGAAAUACUGGCUUUCGUUUUGGGGAGGUGCUUAUCAACAUCGUCCCGACAAAGGCGAGCGAAUUCGGUUCCCCGAUCCUAACCAAAACGUUCUUCCGUAUCUGGGCGUACACGCGAGUAUUCUUUUCACAUGGUUGAUCGGAGGAAACAUUUCGAUGCUGCUCUGUUUUCGAUUCGGAGUUGCAGCGAGUAACAAGCUCUUUACGAGGAUGUUAAAGGCCGUUGUACGAUCUCCCACCCGCUUCUUUGACCAGACCCCGACUGGCCGCAUUCUAAAUCGCUUCACCAAAGAUGUCGAGACUGCAGACGACACGCUGUCUAACAACAUCCGAUCCGUGAUCUUGUUUACGACGGCGGCGAUGUUUGCCAUGAUCAACAUCGCUUGGACCAUUCCAGCGGUGGCACCCCUCUUGGCUUUGGUGGUCUACGCCUACUAUCGGACAGCAAGCUCAUACAUUGCGGCGGCUCGUGAUCUUCGACGCCUUGAGUCUGUGACACGGUCGCCCAUCUUCCAGUCGUUCUCCGAGGUGCUCAACGGUAUCGGAACCGUACGAGCUUUUGGCGCGCAGGACCGCUUCGUUGACACCCUUUUCCGUCGCCUUGACGCCUCGCAGAGCUGCAAUAACCUUUAUUGGAUGACCAAUCGCUGGCUGCUGCUCCGAUUCGACUUGAUGGGUGCUUUGACAAUCUUCAGUGCAUCGGUCAUGUCGCUCGUCCGAGGCGUAGAUGCCGGGCUGGCGGGUAUCGCCAUUACUCAAAGUCAAGUCUUCGUGCUGGCACUGUACUGGCUUUGCCGCGUGUGGACUGGCUUUGAGAUGGAUCUCAACUCGGUCGAGAGGAUGUACGAGUACUUUGACCUGCCGCAAGAGCCGCUGGCGAUUGUCGAAGGAAACCGUCCACCGCCGAGCUGGCCGUCCAAGGUGAACAGCCGUGGCAUCCAGGUCAAGGAUCUUGUGCUCAAGUACGCGCCUGAACUCGACCCAGUGCUGCAAGGCGUUGGGUUUGAGAUCAGUGCAGGCGAAAAGGUGGGUCUGGUUGGCAGGACCGGCUCAGGCAAGAGUACGCUUGCGCUCGCAUUCUUCCGGUUUGUUGAGUUCGAACAAGGUUCUAUUGUCAUCGAUGGCAUCGAUAUUAGCAAAAUUGGCCUCGAGGAUCUUCGAAGUCGGCUUACCAUCAUCCCUCAAGACCCUGUGCUGUUCAGCGGUACGAUCCGCGAGAACCUGGAUCCAUUCAACGAGCGCACCGACGAAGAAUGCCUGCUGGCAUUGCGUCGCGUCAAUCUCAAGACGAGUCCCGUGCAGACCGCUGCGCCUAGUGUCCUUCCAAGCCGAGCUGCCUCGAUCCACGAGCAGUCGAUGGAACCCAAUCCGUCUUCAUCGUCAUCCACUGCCGUCGAUUCAAUUCUGCCGACCGAGCAUGGCUCCGGCACCACGGUGUUCACACUCGAGGAUAAAGUGUCUGAAGGAGGCAACAAUUUUUCUCAGGGCCAGCGUCAACUUAUUUCGAUGGCGAGGGCGUUGUUGCGUUCGACGUCCAUCAUCUUUAUGGACGAAGCAACGGCUUCCGUUGAUUUCGAGACCGACGCGCAAAUCCAAAAGACGUUGCGAUCGCCCUUGGGUGCUGAUGCAAACCACAAGACCACCAUCAUCACGAUCGCGCACCGACUCAAGACGAUCAUCGACUAUGACAGGAUCCUGGUGAUGGACAAGGGUCGCAUCGCUGAGAACGACUCGCCGGCCGCACUGCUGGAGAAGAAGGGUAUUUUCUACGAGAUGUGUCGCAAGACGGGAGAGUACGAUGAGCUCGAGACGCUGGCGAAGCUUGCUGCCACCAACAACUGA